GGUAUUGCAUACUCGGCAGGCAAAAUUCUCAUCACAUCACAUUAUUUUAUUUCUCGUUUUAUAUUCGUUUUUUUAAUUUAUAAAUUAUAAAAUGAUCAUUUACAAGGAUUUAAUCACCGGCGAUGAAAUGUUUACCGAUUCAUCAAAAGUCAAGCUGGUCGAUGAUUGUAUCUGGGAAGUUGAAUGUCAAUUUGUUAUGCGAAAACAAGGCGACAUUGCUAUCGAAGGUUUCAAUCCAUCAGCUGAAGAAGCCGAUGAAGGUACCGAUGAAAUAACUGAAUCUGGUUAUGAUUUGGUUCUCAAUCAACGUUUAGUGGAGGCGUCAUUUUCAAAAGCUGAUUUCAAAAAUUAUUUGAAAACCUAUACAAAAACAUUGCAAGAAAAAUGGAAAAAUUUAGAAUGGAGUGAUGAACAGAUUGCUGAAGCUAAAACUAAAUUCACUGAAGCUGUGAAGAAAAUAUUGCCCAAAGUAAAUGAUGCACAAUUCUAUUUGGGCAAUAGCUCCAAUCCGGAUGGUAUCGUUGGCGUUCUCGAGUUUCGUGAAGGUGAUGAUGGCAACGAGAAAGCUGUUAUGAAUUUUUUCAAACAUGGUUUAGAUGCUGAAAAAGUUUAAAUCAUUAAUGUAUGGAAUAAUUUCCAUUCAGAUUUUUCAGUUUCAAUAAUCAACACACAAACAACAGAGAAGAUAAUAAUUU